AUGGUGGUCUCCGUGGUGUGCUCUGUGAUGUCCUUCUGGGCUCUGCCGCGCACCAUCGCAAAGGUUAAUGUGUUUAAUUAUUUCUCUGGAGUAGUUUGCAUAAGUUUUCCCGGGAUAAGCAAAUUCUACAUCGCUGGACCCGAUUGCGUACCUGGUGGGCCGCACUUCUCCCUGACUUUUCUCUACGUAGUAUGCACCAUCAUUUCCACCGUGUCUAGUUUAAUCGGUAUCGUGGUGUUCAAAUACUUCUUCUCGAAGUCCAACUACCGCGUAAUCACGAUCUCAACCACGCUCGUACUCUUGCCCUUUGUGUUGCCUGAGAUCGCCAUGCUCCAACGCUGGAAUAUCAAGAUCGGCAUUCCCGAUCACGCCUUUUACAUCGGCACCAGCACUGUUAUUUCACCACUGAUCGGCAUGAUUUCGUGGAUGGCAACAGUAAUACUGCUGUCGCGUCUGUGCCCGCGCGGCUCCGAGAGCACGGUGUAUGCGAUCCUGGCCGGCUUCUCCAACCUUAGCAGCACCACUAGCACCUCGAUAGGUGCCAUCCUGAUGGAGUACGUGUGGCCCAUCAAAAGUAAGCCGCCGUGCGACUUCAGCAACGCCGUGUGGCUCGUCAUCAUCGGCAGCAUCUUAGCACCGCUGCUGAUCAUCCCGCUGACCCUGUUGCUGCCAAAUGUUCGUGUGUGCGACGACAUCGACAUCGAUGGCAACGUGGUGUCCAAAGAGCCGCACGAAGAGCCCCGCGCGAGGCCAGUCAAAGACAGUAACAAAAGCCAGUGA